CUUGCCUGCCUGUCUCCCAAAGUUCCAUACCCAUGGAUAUAAACGAAAUAGUUUGAUAUUGCAGCGUUGGACCGCAUUUCACCUGGAACGGUGAAAUCAUGGUUUUUUGGUCAUCAUGGUUGUUUUUUUUUUUUUUUGGUUGGCAACAAUAUGGUGUGCUGCUGUGACAUUUUGCACGUUCAUUGAAGUGGCUCAAGCAUCUUAAAAGAAGUCUAUUUGGUUCUAUAUCAAGGAUGCGAUGGGAGCUGGCAUGUUUUUUAGUGCUUGUUGUUGUGGGAUAUUGAUCAUCUAGAGUUUGCAUCUGCAAGUUUCCUGAGGCACGCUUGGAAGAUACUGCAUACUUCAACAGAUUUGAAGAGUUGUUUCUAAAGAACAAUCCGCAUGUUUUAAAAGUUGAUAUGUUGCCAGUUUGUAUAGUUUUUUGUCGUUGUUAAGAAAAUCAUUUAAAUGGAUCUGGUGAUGUUCUUCUUAGAGCCUGCCCGCUUUGUGAAGAGGUUGACAGACAUGGCUAUCCCACUCAGUCAGAAACUUAGACUUCAGUGUACAUUCACUGGAGCACCGAAGAUGUUUUUUACAUGGUACAAAGAUGGAAAGCAACUGUACGCCUCAUACAGAUACAACACAAGGAUCAUUGACAACACUUGCGUCUUGGAAUGCCUCCAUGAAUCUAACAAUGAAACACCCGGAAAAUACUCUUGUGAAGUAUCAAAUUCCUUUGGCACUGAUAUCUGUCAUGCCAAUAUAACUACAGUUACAGAACCUGCCCGUUUUGAACAGAAGCUUAAGGACAAAAAAGUUGCCAUGAGCAAAAAACUGAAGCUUGAGUGCACAUUUACUGGAGCUCCCAAAAUCUUUGUCACCUGGUACAAGGACGGAAAACAAAUAUAUGCCUCUUACAGAUACAAUACUCAAAUUGUUGGAAACACCUGCAUUCUAGAAUGUCUACAUGAAUGCACAAAAGACACUCCUGGUAUAUACUCCUGUGAGGUGUCCAAUUCCUAUGGAAUUGAUAUCUGUCAAGCUGAAGUGACCACCGUUUCUGGACCUGCUCGUUUUGUGAAGAAGCUCACAAACCAGUCUGUUCUGUGGGGACAAAAGUUGAGACUUGAAUGCUCCUUCACAGGAAUUGAAAAACUGUUUGUCACAUGGUACAAGGAUGACAAACAGGUCUAUGCUUCAUAUAGAUGCAACACAAAAGUUAUUGGAAACACUUGCAUUUUGGAAUAUCUCCGUGAGUGUGAUGAGGAUACUCCUGGAAAAUAUUCUUGUGAGGUUACAAAUGAAGAUGGAUCAGAUAUUUGUCAUGCGCUGGUCACCCUUGCGACAGGUUGGUUAACUAAUUUAGUUAGUUAACUAAUGUAGUCAGCUAAUUUGAGUGAAUUUGCAGAUUUCCAUUCUUUCCAUACGUUCCAAUGCACUUCUUUUCUUUAAUCUUAAAGAGAUCAUCUUUCUCUAGAUAAACUGCUAGAAUUCAACAUGAAACACUGCUGGCAUUUAAAAAGGAAAUAUCAUUCCAAAUUAACAAAAAAAAAAAAAAAUAUAUAUUAUUUAAUUAGAGUAUUAAAAAAAAUUAAAAAACCCUCAAAAAUAAGCUCCAUAUAGAGUACACAGCGACUUUUCAACAAUAGCACUGGUGCAAAAUAGCCAAAUGCAAACUAUUGUUAUUUUUUUAAUAGUGUUAUUAUUUAUAUAUGAUUAUAAUGUUUAGCAAUGUUCAUAAUUAGCUUUUAUUUUUAUACUUUUUAAUAUUCAUUUUAAUUUUAGUUUUAGUAAUUGUGUUUUGUGCUUGUUAGUUUUUGUUUAUUUAAGUUAUUUUAGAUUUAGUUUUAGGUUACCGCUUAUGUUCAUAAUUCAAAUUUCAUCUAAUAUUUUUAUUUUAUUUUAUUUUAGCUUGAUUUCAAUUAACAACUAUUUUAAUCAUUGUAGUUUUGGUUAACAGUAACAACACUAAUGCAAGAAACAUUGUAGCAAAAAUGCAUUAAAUACAGUUGUGGCUGCUUCGUGUAGUACACAGCUUACACUUCAGGCUUAAAUUUCAUGUUAACUCUAUAAUAAUCACAUUUAACAGACCUUGAGUAGUUUAAUAAGACACUUUAGUCUCCUUUUCUACAAUAGAAUUAAUCUGCUUCUCUACUAUACAUUUAAAUGGUAUUUAGUAUUGGUUUAAAAGCUUUUUAUUUCUAGAAGUUAGAUUGGAAGGUUAGAUUGGAAGUGCCAUGGCAGGGGCAUUGCAGAAAUGAAUCGUUUGGUCAAAGGAUUGAGAAGACUAAUACGAGAGACUGCAAAAUUGAAAGUGUGGAUAAAACUGCACGCCUAGCUAUUCUGAAAGCCGAAAAGACAGAUGCUUGUCUUGCCAUGCAAACAAAGAACUUGAUUUAAAAAAAAAAAGAAAAC